AUGUCAAAUAAUAAAAUUGAAUUUUACGAGCAGUCGUUGGAGGAGGGUAAAAAGAAGGAACUUUUUUCAGAUUUAGAAAUGUAUAUGAACGAUGAUAAUUUGUGUUACGAUUCAACAAAUAAAUUAUAUAAUAUACAAAACAAAAAUGAAAUGAUAAGUAAAAAUAAAGAAACCUAUAACAAUAUGAAAGUUAUGCAUAAUAAAAAUGAGGACAUAAUAAAAGAUAGAUCAAUUCAUUUAAAUGAUCAUGCGAGUAGUAUUGUGGACAAGGAUUUUUUUUAUAAUGAAUAUAGUCCUACUAUACAUAAUAAUAUACAUAACAAAAAUAAUGAGAAGAAUAAUUCUUUUUAUAAAUGUUGUAACGAUAAGAGCGAUAUAAAUAAAGAUAAUGAUGUUCCCAUUCGCUCAUAUGGUAAUAUACACAAGAAAAAUGAAGAGGAUGAUGAAAAUGGAGAAGAUGAUGAAGAUGAAGAGGACGAGAAAAACGAAUCGACAGCAAAUUCAAUUGAUAAAAUCUUAAGAAAUAUUCAAGACGAUAUUUUAUUUAAAAGUAAUGAUAGCAAAACCUUGGAACAUUGUUUUAAAUAUAAUUUAUUUGAGGAAUAUAAUUAUCCUCAUAUGCACCAAGGGAAAGAUGAAAACAUGUAUGAACAUAAAGAAAGCAUAUAUAAAAAAAAACCCUCAUGUGAUAAAAAUCAACCUCCGUAUAAUAAUGAAUACAUACAUGAUGAGAAUAUGUACAAAGCAUACAUUUGGUAUGACAAAAAAAAAUAUCUUUAUAUAUGGAAUAAGAAUAUUAAGGUUGAAGACAUGAGAGAGAACCUUCUGACCUUUUGUAAGAAACUUACAAGUGAAAAUUUUUAUAUUGUACGUAUAGAAAGAAUAUCAUAUGAAUAUAAUAAUACUUAUCCUGAAAUAUAUGAAGAUGAUAAUUUAAAAAAUAAAAAUUUGGAUAUAUAUAAUAUGGAACAAGAAAAAGAUUCUACAUUAUCACGUGAAGGCGAUCAUACUAUUGUAACACUCCCAUUCGAUGACAAGAAUAUAAUGUACUAUAAAAAAAUAUAUGAUAAUAUAUAUAAUUAUGAUUGUUUCGAUCAAAUUAAAAAUGAUAAGGAAUAUUUAAUAAUUAAUAAUAAAAGGAAAGUGAUUAAAGAGAAAGACAUAAUUACAGAAGGGAACAUACUAAAAGGGAGCACAUUAAAGGAAAAUAUAUUAAAAGACAAUAUAUUUGAAGACAACAUAUUAAAAGAUAAUAUAUUAAAAGACAACACAUUUGAAGACAACACAUUUGAAGACAACACACUUGAAGACAACACAUUUGAAGACAACAUAUUAGAAGACCCACUAAAAUUUGGAGAAGUACUUAGGGCUAUUGAAUAUACAAAAGAAGGUUGUAAUUUAUUAAAACUAACCGUUUUUAAUAUUCCUCAUUUAAGAUAUUUUUUUGUAAGUAAAGAUUUAAAUUUUAUAAAAUGGUAUUCAUCUAGAAAACAAGAUGACCAAUGUAAAAUAUAUUUUAAUGAUAUAAAUAGUUUAGAAGUAAAUUAUAAAAAUAAUAAAUUAUUUGAACAUUAUAAAAUAGAUAUUUUAAAGAAGUUAUCUUUUUGUAUUGUUUAUAAUAAUGAAAAGAAAAAAAUAAUUUUAACAUGUAAAAGUUUUUGUGAAUAUCAUUAUUGGAUAACAACUAUUAGAGCUCUAAUGUUUAGAUCUAGGAAGCUAAAAAUUAGUAGAAGUAUUUUAUUUUCUCAUUUGGAUGAUUCUUUUUUGAAGUUAGCACAAGAUGAUAUUCUAAAUAAAAGGGAUAAUGAUACGAUUAUAGAUGAAAUUAAUAUAUAUGAUAGAAAACAUUCAGAACAACAUAUCAAUCCUAUUUUUAAUAACAAAAGUUGUGAUAUCAUAAUUAAUCAGGAAAAUGAAAGAUAUAAUAAUACAUCUUCUUGUUAUUAUAAAAACAAAGAUAAACAAAAUAACUUUUAUGUAACCUAUGAAAAGAAAAAUGGAAAAGGACUUGUAUGUAAUAAACUAAAUAAUGAUGAUCCAAAUAUGAUACAAUUAAAAUCAUUUCAUCUUUAUAAAUUAAUAUCAUUUCCUGAUUAUAAUAUAUAUCAGAUUAAAACUAAGUUUUAUUUAUUAAAGGAAAAAUUUUAUAAAUAUAAAAUAUUUAUAGAGCAGGCCUUAGACGACUUUAUUAUAAAAACGGAAAGAGAACAUACAAAUAAAUAUACUUCCACGGACAUUACACAGGGUGAUCAUGAGUUAGUAGGAAGAAAUAUACGAAAUGGGGAAUAUACAAUUAUUUAUAGUAAUAAUAAACAGGAAAAGAGGAAUGAAGACAUGAAGGUAAAUGUGCAUCAUCCUGUGCAUCAUCCUGUGAAGGAUAAUGUGAAGGAUAAUAUGAACGAUAAUGUGAAGGAUAAUAUGAACGAUAAUGUGAAGGAUAAUAUGAAGUAUAAUAUGAACGAUAAUGUGAAGUAUAAUGUGAAGGAUAAUAUGAACGAUAAUGUGAAGUAUAAUAUGAACGAUAAUGUGAAGGAUAAUAGGAACGAUAAUGUGAAGUAUAAUAUGAACGAUAAUGUGAAGUAUAAUAUGAAGGAUCAUUUUGACACAAAUAAGAACAUAUGUGAAGAAGUACAUCUUUCUAAUUAUGAUUAUUAUGAUAAGUCAAAUAUACUACAUUGUUCAAAAUUAAAAGGAAAAAAGAAAAGAUAUAUAAAUAAAAAUAAUAUACAUUGCUUAAAUGAAGAUAACAUUUUUAACAUAUAUGAAGAUAUAUAUACACCAGAUCAUAAUGGAGAAGAUACCGAUAAUUUUAAAUUAUUUUUAAUUAUUAAAAUAUUUAAUAAUAUAAGUAACAAAUUUAAAGACAUUCAAAAAAAUAUUUUCCAUGUUGUUCAACUUAUGGAUAUGGAAAAAUUAGAUGAAAAUAAAAAUCAAAAAACAAAUUUAUUUUCAUUUGAUAAUCUUUUAAAAUAUAGUACAGAUAUAUACAAAAUGUUACAACAAACAUUUGGACAAAAUGAAAAGAGGCAAAUAAUAGGGGAAGAAAAACAUGUGGAUAUUUUGGAUAAUAUACAGGGACAGGAAAUAAAGCAAAUGCAUAAUAUGAAAAAGUUAACAAAAAUGAAAAAUAUAAAUAAUAAUAAUAAUAAUAAUAAUAACAAUAAAAUUUAUUGUGAUAAUAAUAAUAAUAUUUAUUGUGAUAAUAAUAAUAAUAAUAAUAUUUAUUGUGAUAAUUUAACCUCUGAUCAUAAUACAAAAAAAGACAUACCAUAUUAUAGUCAACACAAACAUAUACAUACUAAUGAACAUAAUUAUUUUUUAUUGUCAAAAGAAAAGAAACAAGAAUUUGGAAAAAAAAAAAAAAAAUUAAUUCAUCAUAUUCUCUUUCAAUUGUGGAUGUGCGAAGUAGACCUUGGAAACAUUGAUGAUAUUUAUACUGUAUAUAUGAAUAACAUAAAGAACAAAAAUAAUAACAUUAAUAUAAAUAAUUUUCUAAUAAAUUUAGAUACUUCUAAAAUUUUUAAUUCGAUAUCGUCACAAUUAUCUGCAACCAUAUUGAAAUAUAUUAAUUUAUGA